CAUCCUAGCUUGGUGGCCCAAAUCUGUAAAUUUCAGGAUUCAGGAGGCCCGAGGCAGGAGAAAUCACCGAGUCUGAGGUCGGCUAGCCUGGGCUACAGUUAGUCAAGAAAAGAAAAGAAGAGAGAAAAGGAAGGGAAAAGGAAAGGAAAGGAAGGAGAAGAAAAGAAAAAGAGAACAAUUGACACUUGGUUCCUUCCAUAAGUCAGGCACGGACAGGCGGAGGUUCUCAGCUCUGCAUAGCCUCAAAGGAGGACUACUUUCUGCCCAUUUCCCUCUUCCUGCUUAGGGGCUCCUGCUUAGGCUGGGUUUUGCUAACUUGCCCACUUUCGGGCUUGUGUUCUAUGCGAGCAGAGGAUCUAGACAGUGAGGCCUCUCCCUUUCUAGUCGCCCUUAGCUUUCCUGGACAGCAGAUGGGGAGGGCCCAUGUAUCCACCUCCGGCGCGUGGGCGCACCGACAACGCCUCCUCUGCGCCUCCUGCGGUCUUCCCGCACAAAGUGACGGCGCUGCCCCGCCCACCUCGCGGGUCACGGCACAAUCCUUGAACUACAACUCCCAGAGGGCCGAGCGGCGGCGCGCGCUCACUCUCCCCAACUACAAGUCCCAAGAGGCAUUACGCGACCGCGCCUUCUCCCACCGCGCAAGAGCGGAACCGCAUUUGUUUUCCGGCUGGUCUCUAAGUGAUCCGUUGUGUGUGCUUGUGCUGCUGUCCUGUCCAUAGGCUUCUCCUACGCCGAUUUAGGGACUCUGGUUGUGCAGGCACAGCAGCUGUAUAGAAAAGAUGAGUGAGGAAUCCAACGAUGACAAGAAGCCAACGACUAAAUUUGAACUGGAGCGAGAAACAGAGCUUCGAUUUGAGGUGGAGGCGUCUCAGUCAGUGCAGCUGGAGUUGUUGGCUGGCAUGGCGGAGAUCUUUGGCACAGAGCUGACCAGAAACAAAAAGUUUACCUUUGAUGCUGGUGCCAAGGUGGCUGUUUUCACUUGGCACGGCUGUUCUCUGCAGUUGAGUGGCCGGACCGAGGUGGCUUAUGUCUCUAAAGACACCCCUAUGUUGCUCUACCUCAACACUCAUACAGCCUUGGAGCAGAUGCGGAGGCAGGCAGAAAAGGAAGAAGAGAGAGGCCCCCGAGUGAUGGUGGUGGGUCCUACUGAUGUGGGCAAGUCCACAGUGUGUCGACUGCUACUCAACUAUGCAGUGCGUUUGGGCCGCCGUCCUACUUACGUGGAGCUGGAUGUGGGUCAGGGCUCUGUGUCCAUCCCUGGUACCAUGGGGGCCCUCUACAUUGAACGGCCAGCAGAUGUGGAAGAAGGUUUCUCCAUCCAGGCCCCUCUUGUGUAUCAUUUCGGCUCCACCACUCCUGGCACCAACAUCAAGCUUUAUAAUAAGAUUACAUCACGUUUAGCCGAUGUGUUCAACCAGAGGUGUGAAGUGAAUAGAAGGGCUUCUGUGAGUGGCUGUGUCAUUAACACCUGUGGCUGGGUCAAGGGCUCUGGUUACCAGGCCCUGGUGCAUGCAGCUUCAGCCUUUGAAGUGGAUGUGGUUGUGGUGCUGGAUCAAGAACGACUGUACAAUGAAUUGAAAAGGGACCUGCCUCAUUUUGUUCGAACUGUGUUGCUCCCAAAAUCAGGGGGUGUGGUGGAACGCUCCAAGGACUUCCGGCGGGAAUGUAGGGAUGAGCGGAUCCGCGAGUACUUCUAUGGAUUCCGAGGCUGCUUCUAUCCUCAUGCCUUCAAUGUCAAAUUUUCGGAUGUGAAAAUCUACAAAGUAGGGGCACCCACCAUCCCAGACUCCUGUUUACCUCUGGGCAUGUCUCAGGAAGACAAUCAGCUCAAGUUAGUGCCCGUCACCCCUGGCAGAGAUAUGGUGCACCAUCUCCUGAGUGUCAGCACUGCCGAGGGGACAGAGGAAAACCUCUCUGAGACAAGUGUGGCUGGAUUCAUUGUGGUGACCAGUGUGGACCUGGAACACCAGGUGUUUACUGUCCUGUCUCCAGCCCCUCGCCCACUGCCUAAGAACUUCCUUCUCAUCAUGGAUAUCCGGUUCAUGGAUCUCAAGUAGGAAUUAGCAAGGAGCCUCACUUUCUGGGCCAUAGAAAUCUGGCCAUCACAAAGGCAGAGAAGAUUUGGAAACCUUAUUAAAGAGCUGACAAGGAACAACUAGUAGAAAGCACAUGCUCUACCUCUUACAACAAUGGAAGUAGCCAGACUCCUGUAACUCUGAACCAAAAGGAGAAACUAUGAAAAGAAAAUUUGAUUAUUUUUUUAAGAUCGCCUAAGGUGCCUGCUACUUUAAAUAUUCCAAGACCCUGGAGAAUUCCAUGUCUUCCACUGUGCUACCACGAGGAGUUUUUUGUUACUACUCUCUGGUCCAUGUGUAGUUCUUGUUAUAUAACUGAGAUGAAAGUGAGAUAAAGUUCAAACCUGAAAACAAUUAUUUUAAUAAAUAUCAUUAUCAUAUCAUA